AAAUUACUUAAAAAUUUUAUUCCCAAAGAAAAAAGAAGAAAAGAAACUAUUGAACCAUUAUUAAAAGAAUUUAUUCUUAGAUAUAAAUAUAGAGAUAAUUUAUGGAAAAAAUCUUUAGAAUUACUUAAAAAUAACUAA